UUCAGGUGAACAUCUCCAGCAGGAAGAAAAUGGCAUCCUACUGCUUCCUUGUGUUUGCGCUGUGUGCGUCGCAGACUUUGAGCAUCACCAUUGAGUCAGUACCCAGCGCGGAUGUUGGGGGAGUCAUUCUGACUGAGUUGGAGACCACUGUGUCGCUGGUGUGUCGCAGCAACCGAUUUGAGGAUGAGGAAGCGGAACUGGUGUGGUUGAGGAACGGCGCCAAGGUGGCUCUCAAAGAGGGGAACCGUCAGGGACAAAGCACCGUCUGCAUCACGCCGGUCAUUCACCAGGACAAUGGUGCUACCUUCACCUGCCACAUGGGCGGCAACGCCAGCGUGGAGGCCUCCGUCACACUCAACGUCACAUAUCCGCCCACGCUGUCAGGCUCUGAGGAGGUGUGGGUGGAGGAUGCGUCACCUUUGUUCCUGCAGUGCGAUACCUUCUCCAACCCUCCUGUCUCCUCGGUGCACUGGACAUUCAACGGCAGCACUCUGGACCUCCUUGCGGGGGGCUUCACCAUCGCCGAGGAUGGCUAUUAUAGCCGUCUAAGUGCUAACAAAGCGGAGAAGAGUAAGCAUGAAGGCCUCUAUCGCUGCGUGGCAGACUCACCGGUCUAUGGAAUAAAGAGCAAGGACUUCCUGGUCACCGUCACAGUUUUUGCAGAAAAGACCGUCAAGUUUCCACUGAUGCCCAUCAUCGCCGGGGUUGUCGUGGUAUGCCUCACAACGAUCUUGGCCAUCUUUUCACGCUGGGACAGAAUUGUUAAGUGCUGCAAGUGAUUGCUUUUUGAUUUCGUAACUCUCCGCAUGGAUGCUCAUCUUCUGCCAGCGCACUUACUUAGCUUUGCAAACCAAGGUUAAGCCGACCGGUUGAUUAAAAGACUCCUUUCGUAGCCCUCCGUGAGGACACCCAUUUAUUUGUAAAUUGCAAUGUACAAGUCUUUCUGGAUCCAGUUUGCAGAAAUAAAGAGCUCUUUUAUAGAACUCCACAAAGAUGCCUUUUUAUUAGAAAUUAAAACUCCGCCGUACUGACGACAACCAAUUGUA